AUGGACCAUUGUUCCAUAAGCAUGCGUGUGUCUCCAACGAGUUCAACCGCUAAUCUCGCAACAAAACACUACUACGUUCCUUGUUUUGUUAGGCGUCCCGAGUGUGUCUUUGCCUUCGCGGCCCUAGAUGAUAAAAGUGGAUUGCUCAUAUGCCUGCGCACUUUCUUAGGAGUUGGUUUAGAUUUUGUCGACGAAUAUGUCAGCAGAAUCGGAAAUUCAGUAAUUUUGCAAAACAAAAUUGUUGAAAUAUUUAGGGCCAAAGGUCAUAAAUGCGAUCUGAUGACGAAUUUGUGGAUGAAUCUUACUGACGGAACGAUUUGCUGCUGUCGAAGCUUCUGGGACUGUUCGAGGGGCAAAUAUCAUGCGAUCAAGCACUGUGAGCGUACCAAGUACCCUCUGACUGUGAAAUUAGGCACAAUCACACCCAAUGCAAGUUGUCGGUACUUUGUCUUGCGUCAGCGCAAGAACGGUCGCUGCGUGAUGGAGAUGGAAGUAGAAGCGAACGUGCGAGUGGGCGAGUGGCUUACUCUGCAGGAUGCUGAUCGCACCCUCACACCUCUUCAUGGGCCAGGUGUCAUAGUUUCAGUCAAUCUCGGCAACACCAGCUACAUAAACUCGGCCGUAGAGGUGACCAAAACAUUUAUCUAUUAUUACUGUCUGGUCCUUGAUCCUGCCCUCAAACGGGUUCUCAUGGCGACAGAGGCCUUUCGCGGGCGCUAUGCCCUCGCGUUACCGAGCUAUGUGGAGGCGGCAAUGGACGCAGUGGCACACAAUGGAAGUGCCACUGCUGUCGUAGAGUCCUUCGGUCUACAGAUGAGCAAAUUGGGUCAGGUGCUGUGGUUCGGUGUCUACUCGAUUCCUCCAGUAGGGAUUGGCGAAAUGAAGGGAGGAGAGGUGGUACGCAAACAACCUGACAUCCGUCCACGCAUGUUUCGUCCCGUAAUGGGUCGUACGAAUGCAGAGUUUGCGAGCAAACAACAGCAGGAUGUGCAGGAACGCAAGACAAAACCAAUUUUCUCUCAAACUACCUGCUUGAUCAUUCUACUCAACCAUUCUGACUCCUUUCACCUACCCGCCCGUCAUUCCAAUCGGCCAUCAUCUAUUCAUCCUUCGACCAACUCAUCUUUACAAUCAACUGACCCUCCUCCUAACCAGUCAACCAUUCAUCCCUAUGUCACCUGUUUACCAUUUUUCCUUCCUUCCAUCCUUUCAACCAUUCCAUCCAACUGUAUGUCUGUCUCAAAGUGUCCAUGGCAUUGA